CGAACCGUUAUAAGACAUUAACGGAUGUUAUUUCAAGUGUUCUUCAAACACGAUUUAGUUUUAAUGUGAAAACGGUGUCGCUUCCAGUAAUAACCAAAUUCAGAUGCGUGUCAUUGUUUAUGAAAUUUCUAUAAUUGUAAAAACAAUUUAAUCAUGUCAGGAAAUUGAACGCAUUACCUGGUCAUAAAAGAAAACUUUUGUGUUUAAAUGUUUUUGCGCAAUAUCCAAGCCUUAACUGAAUGUUUAGAAUGAAAUUUUUUUGUUGAUUUUAUUCAAAUCAACUUAAUUUACAUUUCGAUAAGCCCAGUAAUGUCAAUAACACAGUCGUUUUCUAUCCUCACAGCAAUAACUGGUACAAAAUUUAUAGAAAUGUCUCAAAUUAUUCAUCUGAUAUUUUGUUUAAUGGUUGGAGUUUUAAGAAAUUUGUGUAUUACAGUUGGAGUUCUUGCAGCUUCAAUUUGGACGUUUGGGAUUCAUUUUGGUCCUGGCGUUGGUGUGGAUGGAUCUUUAAGUUUGCUUCAACUAGGGAGUCUGCUUGGUGGAAUAGGAAAAUUUAACUCCUUCGAUCAAGGGAAUAUUUUACAUGAUUUGGGACAGAUGAAUGCGCCCAAUUCCAAUGAACAAAAAUUUCAUCUUCCAGAUUUGAAGAAGAUUAUAGAAAAUUUCAGCCACCCAAUCAAGCAAGAAUUAAAACUUGGAAAUAUGAAUGGCAGGAAAAGAAAAUACAUAAAAAAGAAAAUAAUUGUAUGAAGAAAUUUGGAAUGAUGAACCUUAAAAAAGGAAAAAAAUAUUGUAAGAGUGGCAUUGUAUUUAAGUUUAAACGUAUCAUGAAUUAAAAAAAAGAGCUUCAUGUUCUUUAUACCAAUACCUUAGUACUAUCUGUAAUAAAGGUAUUUUAUUUUU